AUGGAUGAAACACAGGCCUACGGCAACGGGGGUCAGACUAUGAUCGACCUUUCAAGCCAGAUGGUUGAGGGGAAUGAAAGGGAUGAUGAUGCCAGCAAGGCUCUCCUUUGCGGAAAGUGUAAGUUGCCGGUGUCCCUUGAAAACACGGUCAUGAAGAGCCUGAACCAAAAGUCUGUCACCUGCAAAGGACGCCACGCCGCAUCUGUGAUGAUGUCUCGUCACUUCAAAACCAUGCCACCUGCGUGGGAUAGCCUGACAGAUACAGAGCGGGUGAACUUCUUUCGAGCUAUUCUUGCCAAGAAGGACACCGAGGAGGGGCCACUUAAGUUCAAAGUCCUGCGCACAGAGCUCAAGGAUGUGCUGGUGAGAAAGACGGUGACAGAGAACAAGAGGAGCGUUUCUGGCGAAUUCUUGCCACUGGAAACCUAUCGCCUGAGAGGCUUUGAUACCCAAAGGAUUCAGGAUCUUGCAGAGAAGGAAGUGCGCCCAAUAUUGGGUGACACAUACCGCGUUGACAUCAAGACUUUGAGUGAAGCCUUCAUCGAACAGGACAUCGAGGAAUCCUUGACACAGGUUGAAAAAUCUGUGAAAAGGAACCACCUUCCUGAGCACAUGAGGCGACAGCCCAAGAAGAAGGCGAAGGCAAAGAAGACCGGCAAGGAGACCCAGGAGGACGAGGGCAAUGUCGAAGAGGAAGGUGACAAGAAGGAUCCAGACCCCAUCUUUGUCGACCUGAUGGACAUGGAGUCAGACAGCGACAUUGAAGUGCUGCUCCCCAAGGGCCUGAGUGAGAAGCAAACCCUGGCAAAGCUGAAGCGCGAACAGUUGAAGAAGGAGAAGAAAGAUUUGGCUCAGCAGCAGAAGAAUUCGAGGGAGUUGACGACCAAAGCUACCAAGGUGAUCACUUCAGUGGAACCUCUGUUUGCCAAGCUCCAAAAGGCUUCUACGGCAGUGGACAAGGACAAGAACAGGGACAAAAUUGAUCAGAUGACCAUUGAGAAUCUUCAGGAGAAGAUUGCCUGGGCGCAAACUGUCAUUAAUGAGUCCCAACAGAUCCUGAAGCUGGUCAGUUCUGGCAAGGUGGUCGACCAGAGCCAGUUCGAGACACUCCAUUCCAGUGACAUUGGCCCUGAAGUGAAGAGCUGCAAUAAUGUGCUGAAGGCAUUGGCAUAUGCCCGCAAAGCGGCCAAGGCCG